UCUCUUUCAGACUUUCACUCUGUCUGGUCUCUGUAAAUUCCCCAAAAGGAACAAAACAAUAAAGAAUGAAGCAUCUUUGAAAUUUUUGCGAGAUCUCACAUUCUUAACUCACUCUCUCUGUUCGGUAACUCGCUCGUGCCUCCUCUUCGUUUAUCGGCCUUUUUAUACUCACUCUCAUCACUGUCUCUGCCUCUCCUCCGAGGCCAUAGCUAAAUCUAGGGUUUUCGUUUUCGUGUAUCGAUUCGUUAAUCCUCUUUGGAUAUCGAAGAUCUCUUUCAGAGUCUAGAUCUAGAUCGCAUUUAGAAUCAGGUCAUGCUUUAGCCUCUGUUUCUUUAUCUGGAUCAAACAUCUAUGCGAGGAAUUUCAUAUCAUUAAACUCUAAUUGAAGCAAGGUUGCAGAACAGUGGUUUGGGAAUGGAUAUUGGAUUUCUAUAGGAUCAAUUUCUCAUCUUUUUAAUGCUGUGGUGGGACUAGAGUUAAAAUUUACUAGUGGUUCUUGACACCAAAACAAUGAGGGGAAGAGCUGACGGAGCCCAAAAAAAGCGACUUGUCACUGGAUUGUGUGUUGUGGCAACUUUUCUUAUAUUUCUAUUUGUUUAUUAUGGAUCCUCUUUUGGGUCUCGAAUUCAUCACAGUGCAUCAACUCUUGAGUAUGGAAGUAGAUCCUUAGUAUCCUAUUUGGGAGGUAAUGAUGACUCUGAUCUUGGCAGCAAGCAAGAUGAAUCUUCCACCACAUUUGGGCAAGAUGGAGAGGAUGCUGUUGCACCUAAGAGUUUUCCUGUUUGUGAUGAUCGGUAUUCAGAGUUAAUUCCCUGCCUAGACAGGAACCUUAUAUACCAGAUGAGGUUGAAGCUGGACUUGUCUUUGAUGGAGCACUAUGAGAGACAUUGUCCUCCACCUGAAAGGCGAUACAAUUGCUUGAUUCCUCCACCACUAGGCUACAAGGUCCCAAUUAAGUGGCCAAGAAGCAGAGAUGAAGUAUGGAAAGCAAACAUACCUCAUACUCACCUUGCACAUGAGAAGUCUGACCAGAACUGGAUGGUUGUUAAAGGUGAUAAGAUUGCAUUUCCAGGGGGAGGCACUCAUUUUCAUUAUGGAGCUGGCAAAUAUAUUGCCUCUAUUGCUAAUAUGCUUAACUUUUCAAACAAUAACUUGAAUAAUGGGGGCAGGAUCAGGACAGUUCUUGAUGUAGGUUGUGGAGUUGCUAGUUUUGGAGCAUAUCUUCUUUCAUCUGAUAUCAUAGCAAUGUCUUUGGCACCAAAUGAUGUGCACCAAAAUCAGAUCCAGUUUGCUCUAGAGAGAGGAAUUCCUGCAUAUCUUGGUGUUUUGGGGACAAGGAGGCUACCUUAUCCUAGCAGAUCAUUUGAGUUUGCUCACUGCUCUCGCUGUAGGAUUGAUUGGCUCCAAAGAGAUGGAAUUCUUCUUCUUGAGCUAGAUAGGUUGCUAAGGCCAGGGGGUUAUUUUGCUUAUUCGUCACCUGAAGCAUAUGCACAAGAUGAAGAAGAUCUCAGAAUAUGGAGGGAAAUGAGUGCUCUUGUGGAGCGAAUGUGUUGGAAAAUUGCUGCCAAGAGAAACCAGACAGUCAUUUGGGUCAAACCACUGACAAAUGACUGCUACAUGGAAAGGGAACCUGGCACUCAACCGCCUCUCUGCAGAUCAGCUGAUGAUCCAGAUGCAGUGUGGAAUGUUAAAAUGGAGGCUUGCAUAACACCAUACCCUGACCAACAACAUAGAGCCAAGGGGAGUGGCUUGGCUCCAUGGCCAGCUCGUUUAACUUCUUCUCCUCCCCGGCUCGCUGAUUUUGGCUAUUCUAGUGAGAUAUUUGAAAAGGACACGGAAGUUUGGCGACGGAGGGUAGAGAGUUACUGGAAUCUCUUGAGUCCAAAGAUUAAGCCUGACACUCUGAGGAAUGUGAUGGACAUGAAAGCAAACUUUGGUUCUUUUGCAGCUGCUCUGAAUGACAAAAAUGUUUGGGUGAUGAAUGUUGUGCCAGAAGAUGGACCAAACACACUCAAGUUGAUAUAUGACAGAGGCUUAAUUGGCACCAUACACAGCUGGUGUGAAGCCUUCUCAACCUAUCCUCGGACUUAUGAUCUUCUCCAUGCCUGGACUGUCUUCUCUGACCUCGAGAAGAAAGAGUGUAGUGCUGAGGAUUUGCUGAUAGAGAUGGACCGCAUACUUAGGCCAACCGGUUUUAUUAUUGUUCGAGACAAGAAACACAUAGUGGAGUUCAUUAAGAAACGUUUACCAGCACUACACUGGGAAGGAGUGGCAACAGGUGAUGCGUCAGAUUCAGAGCAGGAUGAGGAUGAAGUGGUGUUUGUGAUUCAGAAGAAAAUGUGGCUCACAAGCACAAGCCUCAGGGAUACAGAAUAGUAAAGGAAAAGGCAUGGUUCUUAUUGUUUUGAUGCUGUCUUAUUUCCUUCAUAACCUUGCCUGCUGGAGGGCCUCACCCAAGGAAGCAUGGCCAAAGCAGUAAAGUUGUCAUCAAUUUUUGUUCUUUUUAAUUUUAUUUUGUAAACUUUAGUGAUGUUUUCUUGUAUUCCCUUUUAUUUAUUAGCCUAAUUAAGCCUACACGGUUUGCAGUUGACUACUGUUAUCCCCAUAUCAUUCCUGUCUGUUUUUUUUUUUUUUUAAUUAUCAGAUAUAUUUUUUGCUUAGAUUAGAUCCCCACAAAAGCAACUUAAGCUGAUGUUGUUAAUCAUAGCUUGGACAUGCUUUGCUGGAGUAACAAGAGGAAAUGGUCAAUAAUAUUUAUCUACCUACAAUUGUCUUAA